AUGGUGACUCUUCCAAUUUAUGUGCUGGUCAUCUUGUCUCAAGCUCUUGCAGGGCCUUGCAAUCCAAAUAAAGCAGAUGUAAUCUUGGUAUAUUGCUACCCUAAAACCAUCAUCACAAGAAUUCCAGAGUGCCCUUAUGGAUGGGAGGUUAAUCAACUGGCCCUUGGAGGCAUUUGCUACAAUGGCAUCCAUGAUUCAGGAUAUUACCAAUUCACAAUUCCAGACCUUUCUCCUAAAAACAAGUCAUACUGUGGGACGCAGUCAGAGUUUAAGAAUCCCAUCUAUCACUUCUAUAACUCCAUUGUGUCCAAUGACACCUCCAUCAUCGUGAAGAGCCAGCCUGUGAAUUACUCCUUUGCCUGCACAUAUAACGCAAACUACUUGGUGAACCAGGCUGCCUUUGACCAAAGGGUGGCCACUGUCCAUGUGAAGAAUGGGAGCUCUGGUUCAUUUGAAAGUCAGUUAUCCCUCAACUUCUACUCUAAUGCCAAGUUUUCAAUUGUAAAAGAAGCCCCUUUCAUCGUUGAAACAUCAGAAAUUGGUUCUGACAUAUUUGCUGGAGUGGAAGCUAAGGGCUUAAGUGACAGGUUCAAAGUCGUUCUCAACAACUGCUGGGCAACCCCCUCCUCGGAGUAUUUCUACCAGAUCCAGUGGCCACUGAUCACCAAGGGGUGUGCCACGGACAACUCCAUCCUCGUGCACGAGAACGGGAAAACCAGUCGGGCCACGUUCCAGUUCAACGCCUUCCGCUUCCGUAACAUCCCCAAGCUGUCCAAGGUCUGGCUGCACUGCGAGACCCACGUGUGCGACAGCGAGAAGUUCUCCUGCCCUGUGAUAUGUGAAAGACGAAAACAGCGCAUGGAACAAACAGGAGGUGUUCUAAUGGCAGAGCUCUCUGUACGCAGCAAAGGUUUAUCCAGUUUUUACACUCCUUCAGAUAUCAUCUUCCACCUGCUCUUCAUGAUGGGAUUCUGUGCUGUGUCACUAUAA